AUGGCGUCAAAGAAACGAAGGCCGCAUCCACAAUAUCUUCCCGAAGUUCGCCGAAAUGACGACCUUGAUGAGCUGUUUGUGUUUGGUUAUGCGUGCAAACUGUUCCGCGAUGAUGUCAAGGCUGUGGAAAUCAACAAGGGACAACACCUGAUACCCUGGAUGGGCAACCAGAAGCUGCUUAUCGACAGGUAUGAUGGCCGAGGACACUUGUUUGACAUUGACCCGUACGAUGCUGACUUGGGCCACCGAUCGGUACGGUCGGACGAGGAGUCGCGUAUCGAAGCGCUUUGUGAUGAGGAGAGAUACCUAGAGUUGCACACAGAUAUCAUGGAAAAGGCAGCGUACGAAGAGGAGGAACUGAAGCGGUUAAACGAAGCUCUCGCAGACAACUCUUAUGGAGCAGUGGCCUUCAACUACGAUCAACCAGCGCCAACUGAAGACACUGAGGAGAACCAGGCGGAGGAAGAUGAUGAAGACCAAGAGGAACCGUUUGAAUGUUCGGAGGAGUUGAGGAAGUUUAUCACUGAACAAUUCAUGAUGCCAGAGACUGUGAAAUUGAAUUCAAUCAUCGAGAAAACGGCCUUGUUUGUGAGUCAGCACGGCCCGCAGAUGGAGAUCGUCAUCAAAACAAAACAGAAAGACAACACGAACUUCCACUUUCUCGACAUGGAUCACAGCUUGAAUGCGUACUACAAGAAGCUUGUCACCCUGAUGAAGUCGGGCAAGUAUCGCCCUAAACCACCGGAGGUCAAGCCUAGGAAACGCACGCGGACAUGUUCAAGCCAGGAGUCGGAUGAUGAUGAUGACGAUGGGAGUUAUCUGCACCCAAGUCUCAUGGCUAAGCCUAAGGUUGAUCCGAAUGCCCGAGAAGCAGUGUCGCCCUCCCGUUACCAGCUGUCUUCUGAACAAGUCCAGGACACAGCCUAUGCGAAGCUCUUGAACAAGAUCAACUUGCUCGAUUCUGGAAGGAAUUCUCCACAGAAUAAUGUUCGCUCCACCGACUCCCCAGCACCUUCAGGUUCUGGUGCUGAAGUUGACACAAUCACUGUAGCAAAGGACGGCCAGCCUGCGCCACCAGGAACGGAAACUACGGUCCUACCAGAGGAACUGAGAAAUGAAAUGGCUCAGAAUGGUGGGUUAUUGGCGGCCCUUGUCCCACCAGGAAAUAUCAUCCCACCUCCGCCCGAUCUUCAGCCAAUCAUCGACAAAAUGGCCGAAUACGUUGCACGUAACGGGACAGACUUUGAGAGCACCGUCAGAAACAAACGCGACAUGCGAUUCGAAUUCCUAACUGAAGGACACGUUUUCUUCACCUACUACACAUUCAAGAAGACGAUAUUUGAGAGGGAAAUGGCCCGUGAGAAGCUCCUGAAGGAAAAGGAGAAGGAGAAAUCAGAAGCUGAGGCCAAAGCAGCCGCCCCGGUCACAACAGUUGCCGAGCGGCCUAUAAACUCUAGCCUCCAGGUGGCACUAGAAGAUGAUAAAUCACAGAGCUCAACAGAGGGUGGUGCUAAAAUAAGUGUGAGUUUUUCCAUCAAAGCCAAGAUCAAGGAACCUGAGCCUGUGACAAAGGAGAAGCGACCAGCAUUUGUGGAUGAGAGUUCAGAUGAGGAGGGUGACGAAUUCAGGGAAAGGUUGGAAAGAUCUGAAGUGCUCUGCCGGGAGAAGUCAGUGACGCCAAUCUGUCCAGAUUUGGACGGAGAGGAGCUUGAGGAAGCUAUAAAGCAGGAUGAUAAGGUCACAUCAACAGCUGAAGACUUGGACAGAAAACAAGCUGAGCACAAGAUCAAGGACCGGCUAGCAAUGGCCGCGAGGGACAAGCUCGCCCAGACCUCCAAGGAGAAGCAGAUGCAGGCUGCACGCAAGAGGAAGGCAGCCAUGUUUAUAAACAUGCUCAAGAGUUCUGGUGUGAAAGUUGAUGAGAGUAAGGAGGCUGCAGCAGUCCUUGCUGCCACUGGUGCAUCUUCGCCUGUUGCUGCUUUUCGAGACAGUGGAUCACAAAGCCCAUUCUCAUUCCCGACGUCCCAUAGAAGGUCCCCAUCAACAUCGCCCGUAAACAAACGACAUAGAAAACACAAGGAAUCAAAGAAAUCGAAAAAGUCGCCCAAGAAAUCGCGAUCAAAACGACAUCGGUCGCGAUCACCUAGGAGACGGAAAUCGCGAACCCCACCAUCUUCAUAUGCUGUUGUCAGAAGGUCUAGGUCUCGUUCACCAAAGCCACUGGACCGAUCAAAGUCUAGAGAGAUUCUGGAAAAACCGAGACGGAUAUCAAGGUCGAGAUCUAGGUCAAGGUCAAAGGAACGCUCUAAACACAAAAAAUCCAAGUCACCCCCUCGGGACAAAAAGUCAUCUGGAAAAACACGAUCACCUAGUAAGCGAAGACGUUCCCGCUCUCGGUCAAAAUCAAGAAAAACGAACUCUGGAUCCAAAGAAUCAUCACGCAAAAGGUCAAGGUCGCGAUCAAAAGAGAAAUCUCAUAAACACAGAUCUAGGUCACGUUCGAAAGAAAAGUCAAGGUCGAAAUCCGACAAAAAAUCCUCACGGAAAAAAUCGCGCUCAAGAUCACCAAAGUCGAAGGAAUCAAAACGCCGCAAGUCUGAUAAGAAACAUCGGUCAAGGUCACCAAAAUCUCGACGUUCGAGGUCUAAAUCACCGAAAGCUGAGAAGAGGAAGACAACCAUGUCAUCUCGCGCCAGCUCAUCACCAAAGCGACCGAAAUUAGAGUCCACAAUAACCGUGUGUAAUAAUGGUGUAAAAGAAGUGCCCCCUCCACCAAAUGAUAGUAUUGAUACCUUGCCGAAGCCCAUACGAUCAAGGUCAAGGUCGUCUUCAGAAUCUUCGUCGUCAUCGUCUUCAAGGUCCACUCCUCCAAGGUCAUCACCACCAGGGUUAUCUCCUCUGAGGUCACCACCGAGGUCAACUCCCCCAAGGUCAUCUCCACCAAGGUCACCAUUGAUGUCCGAGUCCUCAUCAUCGGAGGCAUCUCCUCCCAGGACUUCGCCAACUUCUGUACAAAGUAUGCCAUCCUGGCCCUCCCCACCACCUGUGAAAGUGUCUCCCAGUGCCAGUAGUUUGUAUAGUCCGGAGAGAAAUGACAGCAUACAAAAAGAUGAUGAGAGUGUGAACGAAAUGGAAUUAGAAAAACCUCCUCCUAAAAUCGAUGCUCCUGUUCCCGUGAAGAAAACUGUCUCGGAUACGAAAUUGUCUAUGGAGGAUAUCCAGAAAAUGCGUGCUAUGAUUAAAGCUAAGAAGGAGGUGCUUAAAGAAGAAGCUAUAUUCGAUAUAUGAGAAUCGGCGCUAAUGAGGACAUGUAUUGGGACGCCACUGUCCUGCCAGUUUCGAAUCAUGGAUUCGAUUGUGAAUUGAACUGUCUCUUGUGAAUUGAACUGUCUCUUGUGAAUGUGAACACAUGUGUGGAGAAUUGCAGGCAUUCCCAUUCAGCUCAGGUUUGAUUAAAAUGUGGAUCCGUUCUCGAAACAGUCGAAAUCGGAAUCUUGACAUUGUUGGCAAUUGUGGUGCUGUGCUCAACAAUGGUUGAUGGCUUGCCAAUUCUUUAUGAAAUUGAAAUCUACAUCGAUGGCUGCUUAAUAUCCACAGGCUGUUUCCUUAUUACAUUGUUUCUAUUGUGUCCAUCCAUAGCGGGCUCCUUGGUACGACCAAUUGGAACAUCUAACAGUUAAUUUUCAAAUUUCUGUGUGUGGUGCGUCAUAUGGUCACAAGCAAACACAGAACAAGGAAAAAACUGCACAAGCCAACAAUCCAUGGAUACGCAACCUUGCAUGUAUUAGCUCAAGACAGCUUUAAGGAAUAAUCCGAGAAAUGCAAGCCCUUUCAUUCAGCCUAUUUGGGCCUAGAAGUGUGGGUUUGUUCUCUAUACGGUAAACAAGAGAGAUUUACAUGUAACUGAUGAAUUUGUAUAACAGGUUGGUGCCUGGGCUCAAUUGCCAGUUCUUCCCCUAUAAAAUUGAAUUUUGCGUCUAGCUCAUGGGACUUUACUGUCAAUUCAUGAGGGAAGUGGGUGACGCUAGAGUGUGUACAUAUAUUGCUAAUAUUAUUAUUGGCCAUGUGGCAUAUUGUUGCAUUUGGCUCAAAAUGUAAAAGAGGUGAAAAAAUAAAAAAUAAAAGUGGCAAAAUCGACGA